CUCUGUACUCAUUUCGUUACUUGUUCUUCUGUUCUCAACUGUUGCUGAUGCCUCUAUAAAAGCUACUCUACAAAAGUUACUGAAGUAUUUCUCUAACAUCCUUUGGCGAUUAUAAGAGAAAUAGGAACGCGAGUGAUAAUUCCUUAGUGCAAUCAAUCACCCCACGAUCCACACGUAUUUAAUUUGUAUGGCCAAUAAGACCACAAGAUUUCACCCGCAUGGAAUUUUUCGUAGCGUGGACACCAAGAAUGAAAUUUACGUUAUACUUAUUAUGUAAAAAACUGAAUCAGAAUAUUUUAUGUGAGGACUUUUCCUGAGCUACAAGAAUGAUAUUCGAUUUUAGGGGACGAUUUCAUGGUGAAGGAACAAGGAUCUAACAUCAGCAGUGGUCAAAAAGCAAGAAUCAGUUUGGCAAGAGCUGCAUAUAGGAAUUCAGAUGUAUACCUAUUAGAUGAUUGUCUAAGGUCUUUGGACAUACAUGUUCAGGAAUACGUGUUUAAAGAAUGCUUGCAAAGGUUUAUGACUGGGAAGAUUUGCAUUUUCGUCACCCAAAAUAACAACUUUUUUUAUAAGGCUGACGGGAUACUAUGGAUUGAAAAUGGUGUGGUGCAAAUGAAAUCUCGUGGGGUUAUUAAUGCUGAAAAACAACAUGUGAAGGAACCUGUGAUGGAAGAAAAAUGUGACGUGACACUUGGAGAUUAUGACGAGGCGGAUGAGUCCACUAAAUUAUUAGAUUCAAAACAGAAGCCUAACGUAUACUGCGAAGAAAAAAAGUCGGGGAAGGUAGAAAAAGCAGUUUAUAAGAAAUAUAUAAAACUUGGUGGAGGAUAUUUUCUUGGCGUAUUUAUUAUUUUAUUUUUCAUCGUAACGCACACAUGUAAAAGCUACUCGGAGAAGAUGGUAAGCAACUGGUAAUUGAUGAACAUUCUGAGAAUGGUUCAUGGGCCGACGCUAGGAAUUUUGCUGCAUGAGCUAAAACAUAAAAAAAUCUGACUUAUGGGUGAGAAUAUGUAGGUACAAAUACCUCGAAUUAUAUUACUGAGUUUCGCGCGGUAUCCAAUUUCGUUGUAUGUCAAUAUUCGGUCAUACUUGUGCUCAUAGCAAUCUUUGAU